GUUCGCCACCUCGGUUUUCGCCUAUAUAGCCCAGAGAGCGCGCCGGUUAACUCGCAAAGGAUAGUGCCGUCACCAUAGGAAGCGGAAGCACCAAGUGUCGUCUGCUCGAUCGGGCAGUUGACUGGUAGCUGCCGCAUUGCAUUCGUGAUCGAUCGAUGGCUUCGUGUGCUGGCGGCGGUGAUGAGCCGCUGACGGAGGCGCUGCUAGCGAGGGCGGGCAGCGGCGACAAGGAUGACCUGGAGGAGAUCCAUAGCGUGUCGGCGUUCCUACGGUGCGCGGCGCAGGAGAACCGGCGGCUGUGGUGCCUGGCCGGGCCGGCCAUCUUCACGUCGCUGGCGCAGUACUCGCUGGGCGCCAUCACGCAGGUUGCCGCCGGCCACCUCACCACGCUCGAGCUGGACGCCGUCUCCACCGAGAACUCCGUCGUCGCCGGCCUCGCCUUCGGGAUCAUGUACGGCAUGGGGAGCGCGCUGGAGACGCUGUGCGGGCAGGCCUACGGCGCCAAGAAGCUCCCCAUGCUCGGCGUCUACCUGCAGCGCUCCUGGCUGCUGCUCACCGCCACGGCCGUCUGCAUGCUCCCGCUCUACCUCUUCGCCACCCCGAUCCUCAGGUUCUUCCACCAGGACGACCAGAUCGCCGUCAUGGCCGGGAGGUUCUCGCUCUACAUGGUCCCGCAGCUCUUCGCCUACGCGCUCAACUUCCCCAUCCAGAAGUUCCUGCAGGCGCAGAGCAAGCUGAUGGCCAUGGCGGCGGUGUCCGCGGCGGCGCUGGCGUUCCACGUCGCGCUCACCUGGUUCCUCGUGGUGCCCAUGCGGAUGGGCCUCGUUGGCCUCGCCGUCGCGCUUAACGCGUCGUGGUGGUUCGUCGUGCUCGGCCAGCUCGCCUACAUCGUCAUGGGUUACUGCCCCGGCGCCUGGAACGGCUUUGAGUUCGACUCCCUCGCCUUCACCCAGCUCUUCAGCUUCGCCCGCCUCUCCAUCGGCUCAGCAAUCAUGAUCUGCUUGGAGUUCUGGUUCUACAUGUUCCUGAUUGUGAUCGUGGGCAACCUUCCCAACGCUCAGGUCGCCGUCGCCGCAGUCUCCAUCUGCACCAAUCUGUUCGGGUGGCAGAUCAUGGUGUUCUUCGGAUUCAAUGCAGCCAUCAGCGUGAGGGUGUCGAACGAGCUGGGCGCGGGGCGGCCGCGGGCGGCGAGGUUCGCGAUCGCGGUGGUGCUCAUGUCGUCCGUGGCCAUCGGGGUGGGCUUCUUCGUGGCCGUGCUGCUCCUCCGCGACGUCUACGGCGCGCCCUUCACGGAGAGCCCCGAGGUGGUGCACGCCGUGGCCAGCCUGGGCGUGGUCUUCGCCUUCACGCUGCUGCUCAACAGCGUCCAGCCCGUGCUGUCCGGCGUGGCCGUCGGCGCCGGGUGGCAGUGGCUGGUGGCGUACAUCAACCUCGGGUGCUACUACGGGGUCGGCAUCCCGGUCGGGUACAUGAUCGCCUUCCCGCUGCGCCGCGGGAUUCAGGGCAUGUGGGGCGGCAUGCUCACCGGGGUGGGCCUGCAGACGGUGAUCCUGAUCGCGAUCACGAUGCGCACCGACUGGAACAAGGAGGCAAGCGAGGCGAGCUCCAGGAUACGGCAGUGGGGUGGUGGUGGUGGUGCAUCGCCCAGGAUCCCGGACAGCUUCUAGCGCCUCUGCCUGUUUCUUGGUGGCCAACCAAAUCUGAUUAAUUAAAUCUUGUGCGUGUUAGGCGAGCUAUAACCAAAACUGGUCCCGUGGGCAGGCAGUCCCUCUUGCCCCGUUUGUGUUUUCUUGUCUACAGCACGCAAACACCGCAAGAUCCUUGCGCCGUGGUAUGAAGACGGAAAGGCAAAAGGUUACUGGGAGAUCCCCGUGACUGAGACUUGAGAGUGGUGCCUGACUGCCUGGUUUGCUUAUAGUCUGGUGUGGUUUGGUUUGGCCUUCUCCUUUUCUUUUUGGAAGCUCCAUCAGUGUGGUUUGCAA